AGCCGCUGUGAUCAUGCGCAUUUGUUGUCACGCUGUGUGGCCAGUGCGUCUUUGCCUCCUCAACACUUUGGAUCAGCGCAUCUUUGCUCUGUGAGUCCAGUGACGCGCUCCGCUCUGAUCGCCGGACGCCUCUGAGGAUUUUAGUUGUAACUUCAACCUUUUAAGAUGGAGGAUUUGAAAACUUCGGACCGAUUAUUCCACAAGUCCUCGUUCAGCAUCAGCAGCCUGUUGUGGAGACGAGAGGGAGUGAUGGGUGACCAGGAGUCUCCUAGUCCGUCCCAGAAACUGCGCCCCGCGCAUCCAGAGAGAGCCGCUCAGGAAGAAAACUUUAACAAUGAAAAAAACUGCGAAACCCCCAAACAGUGCGCUAAAGUUGAAACCAAAUCGGUGACAGCGAAUGGAAAACGAGACGGAUCUAAGGGAGAAUCCAAGAAAAGCGGGGGAGCCGAAGAAAGUGUUAAACCUGAGAAACCUCCUUUCAGUUAUAACGCGCUCAUCAUGAUGGCGAUCCGCCAGAGCCCGGAACGACGGCUCACCCUCAACGGCAUUUAUGAGUUCAUCAUGGACAACUUUCCAUACUACCGGCAGAACAGACAGGGGUGGCAAAAUUCAAUCAGGCACAACCUGAGUCUGAAUAAGUGUUUCGUUAAAGUGCCGCGCCACUAUGACGACCCGGGUAAAGGUAACUACUGGAUGCUGGACCCCUGCAGUGAGGACGUCUUCAUAGGUGGCACAUCGGGGAAACUCCGGCGCAGGGCCGCAGCUGGCUCCAGGGCCAAACUUGCACUAAAAAGGGGAGGAGGUCGUCUGAUGUCCUCCAGCACUGCAACCAGCGUGACCUUGGCUGCAGCGGGUCCGUUUUACUGGCCGGUGCCGCCGUUUCUGCCUCUCCAAACACCAGUGCGCACCCACCUUGGCGCAGGGACUUAUCUGAGUGCUCAUCCCCGCUUCCCCAAUCACGCCACAUCGCUUGUUUCACAGCGGUCCCGGUUGAGUGCAACAAGUGCUGCAGACGCCGACCGGUUCGUGCAGACGCACCAGGAGAUGUCUUACAUUGGCGUUAGUUGCGCGCAAUCCCGUCGCCAUCAGAUUGGCACUGCCUGCACCGCGUUUUCCACGUCCAUCCCUGCGUGCACCCUGCCACUGUCGGAUCCGUGCUCUUUUAACAUGAUCUCCGGACAAGCCAGCUACUUUUACUCUCACCAAAUACCAUGUGCCGCAGCGUUCAGUCCGUGCCAAGAGGAGUGCGCCACAUCCAAGACAUCUCCGGUACAAUUCUUAACCAAAAACGGUCACUCAGACCUCGGGGGGUGCUGUAAUGACUUUCCAAAUUACUGCGCUCAAGUCAGUUCAAGCCCUCCUUCGUCUUGGAAUAUAGAAAAAUAGAGUAACAGUACUAGUGCCCAAUAUAUCAAAUAUUGCUGUAGAAUUUAGAUUGACAAAGUUGGCAAAUGAAAGGCCAGAGCAUCAUACUUAAAAGAGUAGCCUACCUGUGCAUUGGAAUUUCUUGACUUUAUGAAAAUCCUGAAAUUCUACAGUUACAGUGAAAGAUAUCUGUGGGGAAAUGUUUUGCACUUGACUUUAUUAUUUCAUCAGAACGCGUGUUGUGAAAUCUGUGUCAAAUUACCAAAAAAAUACCUGAAGCAUAAAGUGUCUCACAUUGACAUGUAAUCAAAGGUUUCUAAAACACGCCAUUUACAAAAAUGUGCAAAAUGAUGUAUCAGCGCGUUAGUUAUUUUAAAACACAUCAGUGUAACCACAGACAAGGUCACAUAGUCAUUUUUUUUAAAUGUAAUUGAUGGCCAUUGAUGUGCAUCUGUUAACUGAAACUACAUUCCUGUUUUAAAAACAAUGUUCUCCUUUUACUUAAUUAUUUUCCACAUAUGUGUAUGCACUUGUCAGUAUGGAAAACAAAGAGAUGUUUGCGCGCAUGUCACUGUUUUAGGCCUAAUGCACCUGAAAUAAUCCUCCUGCAAAAUCCGAAAAAAGUCAUAAAAAAAAAAUCAAAUAAAAAAAACAAAAAACCGACAUGUUCAUUUUCUUAUUCGUUUGCCAGCAUGUUGACUAAGACCUUUAAAAGCUAUUAAAAUGUUAUGGAAGUUGUGGAUGAACUCGGAUACGAGCGAGUGUAGGACUUCCAGUUUACUUAUUUUAAAUAUAUAUAUACAUAUAUGUAUAUAUAGGCUACUAACAUUAUUUUAGUCCAAGGAGGUGAAAUCGAAUUAAAAUGUAAAAGUAUACAGCCCAAGUAAGAAAUCCUACAAUUAAACUGCUUGUUUGCUGCAUUUAUUGUCCUCGAAUUUCGUUAAUGUUGCAACUAAAAAAAUAUUACAUUUCUAUUUUAAUUAGCCUACAUGUAAUUAAACGAUAAAUAAUGCAUUUUUAAUUGUGUUUUCUUUUCACCUCAUUAAAACCUACUGUUGUUGAUUGUUC